AGACUCCAGUCCGGGUGAUGGCGCUGUUUCUGUAGUUCUGUAGUUCUGAGAUCUCGGUGAGGUGGAGGAGUUAGAUUGUAUCCAGUCACUGUAUCUGAAGCUGUUUGAGGAUUUUUACUGUGCUGAAGAUAAAAGAGGAGCUGCUCUGAAGCUGAAGAGCAUGGAUGAACCUUUAGAAGAAAGAGAUCAGGCUGCUGAAAACAGAAGAGACGGUGAGGACGUGGAUACUGCCCAUUCAAACACGCCUCAGGAAACGCCAACGAACACAGACGACAAGAAAACUCACACCUGUUCUGUGUGUUUAAAGAGCUUUAACAAACACAGUCAUCUCCAGCGGCACCUGCGCUCUCACACAGGAGAGAAACCGUAUUUUUGCUCAGAGUGUGGGAAGAGUUUUAUAGAACUCAGUUUUCUUAAAACGCACCAGGUCGUUCACACAGGUGAGCAGCCGUAUCACUGCUCGGAGUGUGGGAAGAGUUUUAAUCAUCAGAGGAAUUUCCAGCGACACCAGCACUUCCACACGCAGGAGAAACCGCUUUCCUGCUCGGAAUGUGGAAAGGGUUUUACCAGACAAGACGUCCUCAAGAGGCAUCAGCGCAUUCACACUGCGGAGAAGCCCUACAGCUGCUCGGAGUGCGGGAAGAGCUUUAAUUAUCUGUGUAAUUUCCAGGUGCAUCAGCGCGUUCACACCGGACAGAGGCCGUAUUCCUGCUCAGUGUGCGGGAAAAGCUUUAACACUCAGAGUAAUCUUCACGCUCACCAGCGUGUUCACACUGGAGAGAAACCGUAUUACUGCUCAGAGUGCGGGAGGAGCUUUGCUAAUAACUAUAGUCUCCAAAACCACCAGCGCAUUCACACAGGAGAGAAACCGUAUCACUGUUCGGAUUGUGGAAAGAGCUUUAGGGGCCAAAGUGGUCUUCAGAAGCACCAACGCAUUCACACUGGAGAAAAACCGUAUCACUGCUCAGAGUGUGGAAAGACCUUUAGGGAGCAGAGUGCUCUGCAAAAGCACCAGCGCAUUCACACAGGAGAGAAACCGUACUCCUGCUCAGAGUGCGGCAAGAGUUUUACCAAUUACUACAACCUUAAAGUCCACCAGCGCGUUCACACAGGCGAGAAACCGUAUUGCUGCUCGGACUGCGGGAAGAGCUUCAACGAGCAGAUAACUCUCCAGAAGCACCAGCGCAUUCACACAGGAGAGAAGCCCUACCCCUGCACGGAGUGCGGCAAGAACUUCAGGGAGCAGAGUGCUCUCCAGAUCCACCAGCGCAUUCACACAGGAGAGAAACCGUAUCACUGCACUGAGUGCGGGAAGAGCUUUAGGGAGCAGAGUACUCUCCAGAAGCACCAUCGUGUUCACACAGGAGAGAAACCCUUUCACUGCUCACAGUGUGGGAAGAGUUUCAACCAACGCUGCAAUCUCAAAAACCACCAGCGCAUUCACUCCGGAGAGACGUUUAUCUGCUCUAAAUGUGGGCAGAAAGCCUAUAUCUGUUCUGUGUGCUGUAAGAGCUUUAUUAAACAGAGUCAUCUCCAGCGACACCAGCGCAUUCACACAGGAGAGAAACCGUAUCUCUGCUCUGAGUGCGGCAAAAGUUUUACUCAACAUAACAAUCUCAAAAAGCACCAGCGCAUUCACACCGGAGAGAAACCGUACUGCUGCUCGGACUGCGGGACCAGUUUUACCACGUACAGCACGUUCCGAAACCACCGGCGCAUUCACACCGGAGAGAAACCGUAUCACUGCUCAGACUGUGGGAAGAGUUUCAGAGAGCAGAGUACUCUGCAGAAGCACCAGCGCAUUCACACAGAGGAGAAACCGUACCACUGCCCGGAGUGUGUGAAGAGCUUUAUUCAGUUAAAUAACCUCACAAAGCACCUGCGCAUUCACACGGGCGAUAAACCGUAUCACUGCCCGGAGUGCGGGAAGAGCUUUAGCGAGCAGGGAACUCUCCAGAGCCACCUACGGGUUCACACGGGAGAGAAACCGUACGGCUGCUCAGACUGUGGGAAGAGUUUCACGUGGCAGAGUGCCCUCCAGAAGCACCAGCGCAUUCACACAGGAGAGAAAUAUUUCUGCUCUGAAUGUGGGAAAAACUUCAGACACUUAAGAUCUUUCAAUGCACACACAUGCUGUAACACUUCUGAUGAGUUUGUGUAGAAAAAAAAUGUUAGAUUCAUCUUCAUUUUAGCAUUGUAAGCAUUGUUUUACUGGUUCACUGUUCCAGACAGCUUCCUCUUACAGCGUCCACAGUUAAUCCUGUUGGAUGUGGUUGGUCCUUCUUGGUGGUAUGCUGACAUUACCCUGGAUACCGUGGCUCUUGAUGCAUCACAAAGACUUGCUGUCUUGGUCACAGAUGCUCCAGCAAGACGUGCACCAACAAUUUGUCCUCUUUUGAACUCUGGUAUGUCACCCAUAAUGUUGUGAGCAUUGCAAUAUUUAGAGCAGAACUGUGCUCUUACCCUGCUAAUUGAACCUUCACACUCUGCUCUUACUGGUGCAAUGUGCAAUUAAUGAAGAUUGAACACCAGGCUGCUCCAAAUUAACCAUGAAACCUCCCACACUAAAAUCACAGGUGUUUCAGUUUCAUUGUCCAAGAGUAACACUCAACAAUAAGGAUACACCACCCUCCAUAAUUAUUACCAGGCUCCCCUGGUUAAGAAGUGUUCUUUGGCUUUUAAUAAAUUAUUAUUAUUAUUAUUAUUAUUAUUAUUAUUAUUUUAUAUAUAAUAUAGGACGACAAUGAAAAAUCUAAGCUUCUAAAGUGAAAAAUCUAAGCUAUAGCUUAAGUGCAUUUAUUUGGUGGGAGAAAAAAAAAAUCACACUACUUUUUUAUUGGGUUGAGGUCUGGGGACUGAGAUGGCCAUGAAAAGAGCUUGUUUUUGUGCCUUGUAAACCAUUUUCAAAUAGAUUUGGCCACAUGUUCAGGGUCAUUGUCUUGCUGGAAGACCCAGUGAUGACCCAUCUUUAGCUUUCAGAUAGAGGCCACCAUAUUCUGAUUCAAAAUUUCCUGAUAUUUCAAAAAGAGUUCAUGAUCCCAUGUUUCUUUACAAGGUUCCCAGAUCCUUUAGAGGAGAAACAGGCCCACAGCAUCACCAAUCCUGCCCCGUGCUGAACAGUUGGUAUUUGGAUUUAAGAGUGAAUAAGAGAAGUAGACCACUGUGCAAAGUCAUAUUAAUACCCUACAGAAACAGGAAGUGAUUAAUUACUAAGUAAAGGUUCCCAGUUACUUGGAUCCACUUUAUAAACUACAGUAAAAAGGACAAAAAUGGUUCAAAUACAUUUAUUUCAAAUGUCAAUAAUUGCCAGGGUGAGUUUAUGCUUCUUUAAUAAAAAUUAAGUUUACUUUAAGGCUUUUCGCACAUUUUAACUUUGGGUGCCAGUUAUUAAGGAGGGCGCUGUUCGUAAAGGUACAGUAAGUAGCGUUUUCUUUAAACUGCCUGUAUAAUAAAUGCCAAAUACCAAAAUAAACCAUUUUGAAACAAUCUAAA